AUGGACGAAGAAAGCAUCAACAACCAUAAUCUCAAGCAAAAGGAGCCAUUUCGUACAGGAGUAGAUAAUCAUAUGAAGCAACAUGAGCUAUUUGACUUGGAGAACGACGAGUUUUCUACUACUAGUACCCCGCAAACCGCAGAAUCAGCUUUGUUGAGCUUCCAUCGUGAACAUCCGGUAGAGGUCAAGGAGGAGUUCCAAGACGAAGGAGGCCAUUGGAACACAACAGAACAGCAACCUGCGGUACAAUAUACAGUGCCACCGAAUGAGCUCCAUGGUCGUAUUAUAACGACAAUAACAACUACCGUGAUACCUGCCUCCGAGCAAGAAAGGAAUCAUCCAUCCACUAUAACUGCAACUCCAUCGCCUGCUAGGAGGAAGUCGAAACGUCUUCAAGGAAGCAUAUCAACUCCAGCAUCAUCUGUACAAUCUUCUAGGUCUACACCUUCAUCGCCAUCUACAUCACCAGAGCCCGAGGAAGAAGACGAAGACCACACAUACCGUGAAAGUCGUAGGCAAAAGUCAGAUAGUAGUAAUACCGGCAACUUCCUCCAACCACCAUCAUCAAAUCAACCACCAUGCUUCUUCCGAUCGACCAAACAGUUAUUUGCCUUAUACUCACAAGACGGUAGUCAAACAUUCAAUAUCAAGAUACGAGGAAAAGUCGACCGCGGAUUCUUUUUAGCGGAAGGUGAUUGGACAUGCUAUCGCCGAAACUACUUCCAAAUCUCGGCUGGAUUCUUGUGUCUGGACUCGAAAGGAGCUACAGUCUUGGCACCAUGUGCUAUGCAGUCCCAACAUGCUGGAUUGGUAAAUGUAAAGUCCUUUUCCUUGAACUUGACAGCCAUGAGUGGUGAUAAAAAGGUUGCUGUGGUGCAGCAUACUGCUAAACGAGACAAGGGCCCACAAUUGAUACCGCAACCGCGAGUAGUGGCCUCUGGAGGCGAUCCAAACAUACCCAUCGCACCACCACCAACUGUAAUUUGUACUGAUGGUUUAGACGUGAAAGGUCCAAGCAGGGCCAUGAAUCCUAGUAUAUUGUCAUUUGAGCGUCUACAGUUCAAGAACGCCACAGCGAAUAAUGGUAAAAGACGGGCUCAACAGCAGUACUAUACGUUGGUGAUUGAGCUGUUUGCCAAUAUUGAAGGAAUCAGUACUCCUAAACUGAUUGCAACAUGUGAAUCAGUAGGAUGUAUAGUACGUGGCAGGUCUCCAGGCCAUUAUGGUGAUAAGACGAAUGGAAAAGAAGGAGGUCCAGUCGAUGUGCGAGAGUUGAGUCCACAGAGGCCAACUCAUCACAGUACACGUAGUCUGGCUCGUGGUAUGCCAUCAGGAAUAUCUGCACCACCGCCAUCCCCAGCACCUAGCCCCGCCCGAUACACGGCCUUCCCGCCAACUAUAUCCAACCUUCCCCGUAGGGCUACCUUGUCACAUCUAGGAGGUCCCUUUAGUCUGGCAACACCGAUAGUCCCCGGCGAUCAACGCCGUCGUAUGUCUCUAGCCGUAAUGCAACCCACAUCGCCGUAUUAUAACCCAUACUAUCAAUUCCCUGCUGUAGCAUAUCCACAAUCUGCCGCUGGUGACUUGCUGAGUAGCGCUCCACCACAAUCACCAUACAGUCACCCAUCACCAUAUAAUUAUCCAUCACCAUACAAUAACAAUAUAGGUCAGCAUCGCCCGCGAUCGUAUUCUAUUACAGAGUCGGAUAUGAGCUUUGCUAGUCAAGGAACUGGAGGAGCCUCACCCAGCUCGUACUCGGAUAAUAAUGGUGAUGAAGAUGAUACCAUGGAUCGCUUUGAUAUCGACUUGUCUGAAGAGACUCCUGCUACUACUGAUACCAAUCAUAUACAAACAUUCCAACCUAGUCAGUUUGCAGGAGUUGGUCAUGACUUGAUGAACCAGCUUCUUACGAUCGAAGAUGAGGAUGAGGACGUUGAGCUGGAGAGGCUGUUGCAAAUGGUUGCCCAAACUCAUGAUUGA